AUGCCGCCAAAAAAGAAGAAAACCCAACUCAAGCCUGUUGCUAGAGGUUUUGCAACAACGUCGGUGCCCAAAAAAGCCGUUCCGACCGCCACGACGGUGGAAGAACCCGCACCGACAAUUGAAGGAAAGUCAAAUGAUAUUCCCAACGCGACGGGGGACGGCGUUGAGAAGCCGACGUCCCUUCCUGGCCCGUUUAGCCCAGAUCCGGUCGAUGUUCAGCACCAAGCAUCCCAGGCGAUCAUGGAAAAGCAUCAAGAAAAACUAGAGAAGGAAAUAACACGCACCAUUAAGUUGAUUGAAGCCGACCGUCGUCAUUCGCAAACUUUCCCUUCUUUGGAGCUAGAAGCCCAAAUCAAGGAGCGGAUAUUCGACCUCAUUCAUGAAUCUAGACGCUGGGAUGACCAGAAGCCAUUGGACGAUUCUGAAGAGAAGAUCAUAACGCGUCUUGCAUUGACCUACGGUGUAUUAAGGCGACUUGGAUUCGCCGAAAAUAUUGUUGACGAAUGCCUGAGGUCCAUCUCAGGUGUUGAUCUUGACGAAGCAUAUGAAUGGCUUGCUAUCAAUUGCUCGGAAGAAGAACUUGGUGCACGCUUCCGGGAUCCCCAAGAGCCCCCCAAGACACCUCGGACCCCACAGGGAUCAUUCGGCGUUUCUUCGACCCCAACAACGCCUAUUCCCUCGCUGACAUCCAAACUCAAGGCUCUUGACGCAAACGCAGCGGUUUUCGUACCUCGUGGACUGCAAACACCGGAUUCAUCUGAUGCCCAAAGUGUUGCAGGCAGUGAGAAUAAUAUGCGCCGGUCGGAUUCUGCCAGCGAACCUCCAUCCUCAGCUGGGCCCAGUCAACCCGCCAGUGACGACGAAAGCGAAGGUCCAUCUGGUGACGACGACGAUCCCAACGGUGAAUAUGUUCGCCUGAAGCUCAAAUACCACGAGCUUCAGACCCUCCGUCGCUUGAAGGAAUAUGACCCAAAGCUGCGACGAUUGAAGGAACGGAUAGAGACGGUCAAACAAGACAUCCUUUUCGACGAACGAGCGGCUGACAGGGACUUCCUUUCGCGACGAGCCAAGUUCGACCAGGAUUUUCUGAGCGGCAAACUGACGCAGACUCCCAUCCGGACAAAGCCGGUCCGCAAAUCCAAACAGCCCUCCAAGCCAAAGACACCUAGCACUCCUGACGAUGACGACGAACCUUCUCUUGGACUACUUGACUUGCUGGACCCGCAGCCUGAAACGACCACCGACGGCCGAGUCGUGUCCAUUCGCGAGAUGGGAAUGCCCAAACAGUGGUCAUCACGAACUCCGAAACUGCUUUUACGGGACUGUGUCCAGAAGCUUGACCGCUAUGCUGCUGUUUCCUACAGUAUUGUAUCGGGCGGGAGUCGCGCUGUUCGUGCCGCCGUGAGUGUCGUCUGGGAUGGCAAGAAGCGUGACGACUGGGUUAUGGAAGACGUUGCUUGCCCGGAUGAGGCUCAGGCAGAGCAGUAUAUUGCCACUGUUGCAUUACAUGCUCUUACCUAUCCCCCAACCGACGGGUUUGCAGCUGGAAGCAUACUUCUAGGGGCCAGUCAUACAUUCUUCAGGGCCCUUCCACCAGCAUUCCGCGAUCUUUGGGACGAAUUGGAGGCAGUCAGGAAAGCCCGAGACGAUGAAACAAACGCUGCCCUUUGGUCCAAGUUGCGUUCUCUAGUCGAGGAAAAGAAGGCUAUGGCCGACAAGGCACAAGGUUCCAUGGGAAGAGCAUCCAAUGGACAGCCGGUUGCAGGGAAAUCUAAAGUCGUUUCCGAACCUCGGGAUGUUGUGGAUCCUCAGCUCGCAGAGGCAUUCGCAGCUCGCCAAGCUAGCGCUGCGUAUCAAGAGAUGCUCGCGCAACGCAAUAGUCUCCCAAUUGCUGCAUAUCGAGAGACCAUCAUCAACAUUCUCGAGAGUUCACAAGUCCUCGUGCUGAGCGGAGAAACUGGAUGUGGGAAAUCAACGCAGGUGCCCGCCUUCAUUCUGGAACACAGUCUUUCUCAGGGCAAACCGUGCCGGGUUUACUGCACCGAGCCUCGCCGUAUUUCGGCGGUAUCCCUCGCUCAACGUGUUUCUCGUGAGCUGGGCGAGCCGGCCAAUGUAGUGGGAACCAGCAAUUCCCUUGUUGGCUAUUCUAUUCGCUUGGAAAGCAACAUAUCCCGCAAUACGAGGCUAGCAUAUGUUACGAACGGCAUUGCGCUUCGAAUGCUGGAAGGCGGCUCUGCAAGCAAUGGACAAGGAACUGCGUUUGACGAGAUUACUCACAUCAUUAUCGACGAGGUUCAUGAGAGAACUAUAGAGUCGGAUUUCCUCCUCAUUGUCCUCAAGUCGCUUAUCAGGGAACGACCGGAUCUGAAGGUUAUAUUGAUGUCGGCCACUGUCGACGCGGAAAAGAUAUCCGAUUACUUUGAUAGGUGUCCUACCCUCCACGUACCUGGCAGGACGUUCCCCGUCGAUGUUCGCUUUCUUGAAGAUGCCGUCGAGUUCACGAAUUGGAACAUCACGGAGAACUCGCCCUAUGCAAGGAGACAAGGCGACAAGUAUUGGAAAGGCAAGAACCGUCCAGACUGGAGAGAAGAGCUGCAGAUACGUGACGAAGAUGACGAAGAUGAUGACACGACAGAUAAAGAUGGAAUCAAGUUGGAGAAACGAUACUCGCCGCCAACGAUAUCCACACUCAACCUCAUCGACGAGCGAGUGAUUCCCUACGACCUCAUCCUUCGCCUACUGGAAGAGCUGUGUUUUGGCAACCCGGAUUACCUGACGUAUUCAUCAGCGAUCUUAGUUUUCAUGCCUGGACUAGGUGAAAUUCGCCGUCUCCAUGACAUGCUGUCUGAGCAUCCGCAGUUUGGCUCGAAUGACUUUAGGUUAUACCCUCUUCAUUCUACACUUUCGAGCGAGAAUCAAGGAGCGGUGUUCGACGUUCCUCCUCCCGGCAUUCGCAAGAUUGUCAUCGCGACCAACAUUGCGGAAACGGGUAUCACUAUCCCUGAUAUCACUUGUGUGAUAGACUCGGGCAAGCAUCGAGAAAUGAGGCGUGUGCGUCAAAUAAGCAGGCUUGUCGAAUCUUUCAUUGCCAAGAGCAAUGCGGCCCAACGACGAGGUAGAGCUGGUCGUGUCCAGCGUGGCCUCUGCUUCCAUCUUUUCACGAAGAUGCGACAUGAUGCCCAGAUGGCGGACAACCCACUUCCCGAGAUGAUGCGACUGAGUCUAUCCGACCUGGCGCUGAAGAUCAAGAUCAUGAAGGUCAAACUGGGAUCAUCGAUCGAAGACGUGCUCUCUCGAGCGCUUGAUCCACCCAUCGCCAUCAACGUUCAGCGGGCGAUCUCCAUGCUUGUCGAAGUGCGAGCGUUGACUCCGUCCCAAGACAUCACACCUCUUGGCCAAUUACUGAGCAAACUCCCUACCGAUGUGCAUCUGGGCAAGUUCUUGCUCGUCGCGACAGUGUUCCGGUGUUUGGAUCCAGCGUUGACCAUCGCGGCUGUGUUGAACUCUAAAUCGCCGUUCGUGACACCUCUUGGGUUGGAACAAGAAGCAGACAGGGCGAAGAACAGUUUCCGGAUUGAAAACUCGGACUUCCUCACUCUCCAUAAUGCAUAUUCGAGUUGGAGAAAUGCUUGCAAUAAUCCGGCCGUCAGCAUUCGCAAGUUCUGCCAUACCAAUUAUCUGAGCCAUCAGAAUUUGCAACAGAUCGAGGAACUCCGUCAACAAUUCCUCGGAUUCCUGGUGGACAUGUCGUUCAUCCGAGUGGACAGAUCGUUCGUCCGUGAAUUGAGUCGAUCACGGUAUAAUCGCAACCGUACACGAUUCGUCAACCUCCCUCCAGAGUACGACGUCAACUCGAAGAAUUUCGCGCUCGUCAACGCUGCGCUAGUAGCGGGAUUGUAUCCCAAAGUUCUGUCUAUAGACCCCAGGUCUGGGCAGAUGAAGACUAUCAGCAAUAACCAAGCAGUUUCUUUCCAUCCGUCCUCCGUCAACUUUGGAAAACGGGCGUCAGAUUUUGGCGUUCACCAUCUUGGAUAUUUUACGCUGAUGCAUUCAAAGAAGUUGUACGCUUGGGAGACUGGACCUGUCGAUGAUCUGGCAAUGCUUCUCUUGUGCGGAGAAACGGAUUUCAAGUUGGCCACGAACAGCGCGUCUAUUGACCGCAAGAUCAGGUUCCAACUAUCCCCUAAGAUGAAUGUUGCGUUGAAGAUCCUUCGAGAGGAACUCAUCAAGCUGCUGUCUAUGCAGUUUGCUGGUCAGCCGAUGGUGGAAAGCCAAGUGCGCUGGUACGAGUUAGCCAUGAUGGUGCUCGGUAAGGUCAAGCCUGCAGAGGGGAGGGCCGAACAGCAGACGUCGAUUACCAUCGUCAAUUAG